UCUAGCUGAACCACAUGAGUCUUCCUUCUCCAGCCUCUCCAGCAGCAGAGCAGAGAGAGAUGCGCUCAUUGACGGCUCGGCAUCAAAGAAACGCGCUCCCGGUCCGGGGAUAGUUCGCCCUGACCGCUCUCUCACCGCGAUGGGUUAGAGAGGAGAUGGCAAACUUUGAAACACUUUGCCUGCCGCAGGGGAACCAUGCCCAGAGAUCCGCGCUGCCAAGUGGCUCAGCUCAGAGCACAAUAACAGACAAGUGAGAGAGAAGGAUAGAGGAAGGGAACUGAUUCUAUUUCUGACUAUUUCUAUUCUGGUUUGGCUUUGAGAGAUGAUCACGGAGCUAGUGUGCACCGCCGUGGCUGUGGGUCUCUAUCUGAACACGCUGGACGCAGAUUUCUGCUACGAUGACAGUCGAGCCAUCAAGACGAACCAGGACCUUCUAUCAGAGACCCCAUGGACCAACAUCCUUUAUGACGACUUCUGGGGGACCCUGCUCACCCACAGCGGUAGCCACAAAUCCUUCCGCCCACUCUGCACCCUCUCUUUCCGACUCAACUACACCUUGCACGGCCUGCGUCCUUGGGGUUACCACUUGUUGAAUGUUGUGCUCCAUGCCCUGGUCACAGCCCUGGUCACAGCCCUUAGUCAAACCCUACUCGGUAGGGGGCUGUGGAGCCUUUUAGCUGGGCUCCUUUUUGCCUCUCAUCCAGUGCACACUGAAGCGGUCGCUGGUGUGGUUGGGAGGGCAGAUGUUGGUGCAGCUUUGUUUUUCCUGCUGUCUCUUCUCUGCUAUGUGAGACACUGUGGAUUAAGAGGUGACACAUGGAGGGCCUUUCAGAGGAGAGCAUGUGGCAGCAGCUCUGCUGCCAGAUGCUGGGGCUGGCUGCUGGGCAGCCUGUGGUGUGCAGCUGCCAGCAUGCUGUGGAAGGAGCAGGGUGUGACCGUGCUGGCUGUGUCAGCUGUGUACGAACUCUUCGUUUUCCAGAGGCUCCGCUUCCGCCAGGCAUUGCUCCUACUAUCAGGAAAGAAAAAGAAUCUGAGUAUUUUGUUGAGCCUCUGCUCACUGGCCUGCUGGGGAGUGAUUCUGCUGUCCGCCCGCCUCUACUGGAUGGGAAACAAGCCUCCAAACUUCUCCAACUCUGACAACCCAACAGCUGAUUCCCCUGAUUUUCUCACACGGACACUAACAUUCUUCUACUUGCCUGCUGCCAAUGCCUGGCUCCUACUCUGCCCCGACAAGCUCAGCUUUGACUGGUCCAUGGACGCCGUACCCUUGGUCAGGUACUUGGCCGACUGGAGGAACCUUCACACGGUUGCCUUUUAUUGCGGAUUGAUUCUCUUGGCUUUGUCUAGCCUUCGAGGUUCUGGUUUUGCAACAAGGGAAACCAACGGGAAAGCCCAUAUAACAAAUGGAAAAUCUGUCACCAAUGGGAAUGGUUACCAUGCCCCUGAUACAAACCAAAACACAGACCUGGGGUUGCCAAGGCCCACUUUGAAUGGAUGUGCUGUACCUUACCACUGUUACUCACAGACAUCUCUGCCUCCCACAGAAAGCUUAGUUGUGUUUUCCUUGAGCAUCUUGGCAUUGCCCUUUAUCCCAGCCACCAACUUAUUCUUUUAUGUGGGUUUUGUAAUCGCAGAAAGGGUACUCUACAUCCCCAGUAUAGGGUAUUGCAUACUUGUUGCAACAGGUGCACGUACCCUGUAUGUCAGACUGAGGACUAGAGCCUGUAAGUUUAUAAUGUUGUCUCUUUGCAUUGGACUUGUUCUUCUAAAUGGGCUAAAAACAGUUCAAAGAAAUAAAGACUGGAGCAAUGAAGAAAAUCUCUAUAAGUCCGGGAUCCAGGUCAACCCUGCAAAAGCCUGGGGAAACCUAGGUAAUGUACUGAAGAACCAGGGCAAAAUGGCAGAGGCGGAGAAGGCAUACCGAAAUGCUCUUCACUACCGAGGGAACAUGGCUGAUAUGCUGUAUAACCUGGGUUUGCUGCUGCAGGAGAAUGAACGUUUUUCUGAGGCACUGCAUUAUUACAAGCUUGCUAUUUCAAGUCGACCAACUUUGGCAUCUGCUUACCUGAACACAGGAAUAAUCCUCAUGAACCAGGGUAACUUGGAAGAGGCCAAGCGUACCUUCCUCACUUGUGCUGACAUCCCGGAUGAAAAGCUAAAGGAUCCUCAUGCCCACAAGAGCUCAGUCACCAGCUGUCUUUACAACCUGGGCAAGCUGCUUCAUGAGAAUGGACAGCAAGAGGAGGCCCUGUCUUUUUAUAAAGAAGCAGUGCAGAAAAUGCCAAAACAGUUUGCACCACACAGCCUUUUCAACAUGAUGGGAGAGGCCUACAUGAGGCUGAACAAGCUUGAAGAGGCCGGUUACUGGUACAGAGAGUCCCUCAGAUCCAAGCCUGACCAUAUCCCUGCCCACCUCACCUACGGCAAACUCUUGUCAAUCAUUGGGGAGAAGACUGAGGCAGAGAAAUAUUACUUGAGAGCAAUUCAGCUAGAUCCAACUAAAGGAAACUGCUACAUGCAUUAUGGUCAGUUCCUUUUGGAGCAGUCGCGUCCUAAAGAAGCUGCACAGAUGGCUGAAAAAGCUGCGGAGCUCGACAUGGAUGAAUUUGAUGUGGUCUUCAAUGCUGCUCACAUGCUAAGACAGGCCAACCUAAAUGAGGCAGCAGAGCGGCAGUAUAAACGCGCAGCAAGCCUCAGACCAGAUUAUCCAGCAGCUCUGAUGAACCUUGGUGCUAUCCUACACCUCAACGGGAAGCUUCCAGAGGCAGAGGCAAACUAUUUGCAUGCUCUUCAGCUCAAGCCUGACGAUGCCAUUACCCAAUCCAACCUGCGCAAGCUGUGGAAUAUCAUGGAGCGGCAGGGGCUCCGAACAAAGCAGAAAAUAGACCCCUAAAAUGAGAGGACUGUUGCGUUCAAGUGCUGCUUGGGUUGCAAAAGAUAAACAGAAGGUUUUGUGGCUGUGACAUUUAAAGGCAAACGUCUGCAUUGCACAUGAGUGUCCUUUUGGUGGCUCAGAAUUUUAUGUUCAAAU